AUGGCAGAGAACCUGGACUCGGAGGCGCUGUUGAAUGCGUUCAGCCGUUUUGCAGUCUAUGGAGACACCAAGGCCAGCGGAAAGGAAAUGAACGGGAAGAACUGGGCCAAACUCUGCAAGGACUGCAAGAUCAUCGACGGCAAAAGCAUCAGCGGAACUGACGUCGAUAUUGUCUUCUCCAAAGUCAAGCAAAAGUCAGCCCGUGUGAUCACCUUUAACGAGUUCCAGCGAGCUCUGCAGGAAUUGGCGCCUAAGAGGUUCAAGAGCAAAGGCCGUGACGAGGCCAUCAUGGCCAUCUACAAGAUGGUAGAGGGCGGAGAGCCUACCCAGUUUGGAGUCACGAAAACCGUAAAGGCCGGCGGAGUAGACCGACUGACGGACACGUCUUUGUACACCGGGUCGCACAAGGAGCGCUUUGACGAGAGCGGGCAAGGACGAGGACGCGAAGGACGAGAGGACACUGUCAACAACACGGGAUACGUCUCCUCCUAUAAAAAUGAAGGAUCGUACGAUAAGAAAAUGGGGAACGAAAAAUGAAUCCAACACACAAACAGGAAGUGUAAGCAGCCUUCAACUUUGACCCUUACAUCUCAAUGUGUCA